GCGCGCGGUCUGGCAGCACGGCGAGCGCGAGAUUGCUGUUAUCUCGGUGUGCGCCAUUGUUCCUAGUCGGAAAUCCACACCGAUCGAAAUCGAUAAUAAUAACCGUCGCACUUGUGAAAGGCGACGACUGAGAGAUUCGUGACGGUUGUUGCGGAGUAGUCGCCCUCGUUGCAACUUAGCCUCGUCCCAGAAUCAAGGAUCCGUGGAUUUAGAACCAGACUCUUUCGCGCGAGAGCGAAACGUGUGUGUGUGUGUGUGUGUAUGUUUUUUUUCCGUAACAUCUCGCGUGCAAUACCUAUUUUUCGAAACAAGCGCGCAAAGUACGUACGUAAUAAAUUAUCUACGGAAAAAAACACGAUUUCUCGAGAUAAACGUUGAUGCGCUUCCGCGACGACCGCGAUCGCACAAAUCACAACUCGCGAGAUUGAUAGAUUGCUCGAAAACGGCGUAACUUCGCGUUUCCAAUCAUUUGAACUGGAACUUUCGCUCUCUUCUUGGUAAUGCAAAAGUCUUAUUAUCGAAAAUCACCAGAUAUGUGUGUUGUGUGUGGAAAAAAAUAGAAUUCGCAUACGUAAAUACACACGCGAGCGAGCGGACUUUCGCCGCGCGUCGAUCGAAUCUCUCGUUAUCGAGAGAGUCUCUUGCGAUAAUCGCAAAAGGAAGAGACGAGGUCGAAACCAGAUCAAGUGGGGUAACGGGAGAAGGAGAGGAGAGGGAAGGGGAAAACAAGCAGCGAGCUAAAGCCGGUAACUUGUAACGCUUCUAAUGCGACACGUGACGCGUGCACGCGGAAUUCGAUGUGCAGAACUCGUCGUCGUCGAGGUUGUAUCCCGCGCGUCCCAAAGCCUAACGUGCGGGUUUUGCGCGCGUUUGUAUCGCAGCCGAUUGUGAGUUUCUCAAAACCUCUUAACGCCGCGGGACUCUCUCGUCGCGAGGUGCGCGUUUUCGCAUUCAUCGAUGCAACGACGCGGAUACGACGCGGUCGACUUCCGUUCGUGCGGAGGCACACACGACGAGGAGGAGGAGGAGGAAGAAGAGGAGGUGAUAAAUCUACGCCUCAUCCUCGUCAGUGGCAAGACAAAAGAGUUCCUAUUCAGUCCGAGCGAUUCCGCGGGAGAUAUAGCGCACCAUGUGUUUGAAAAUUGGCCGGAAGACUGGGCAGAGGAGGCGGUCGCCAAGGCGGAGAUCCUGCGGCUAAUCUACCAGGGUCGUUUCCUGCACAGCAAUGUCACGCUCGGUGCUCUUGGGCUUCCCUUCGGAAAAACUACGGUGAUGCAUCUGGUGCCGCGGGAGAAUCUUCCGGAGCCUAAUUCUCAAGAUCAGAGGCAAAAGAGUAAAGGCGGCGGAAGCAGUUGCUGCUCGGCCUCCUGCUGCAUACUCUAAGCCGGCCGCGACGACGUCGGUGGCCGUCGUCGUCGCCGCGACAAGUGUGUGU